UGUCUAUGUCGGCCGUAAAGUGGAGUGUUUGCGACAGUCGUAUGAUGUCAUCAACAAAUCCUGAAAGAACGACCGAUGGGGAUUAUUUAAAAUAAAUAUAUAAUAUAUAUCUGAUCGUUUCUUUUAUAAUGCGUGUUACACGCGAACGCAUGCGUGUUAACUGUCAUCGAGAGGCGUAAAUUGGAACACCCAGUGAAAUUAGACAGAUAAAAUAACCCCGAGUACUCGUUUAAUAAUGCUAGCGUUAGUUAGCCUUGUAGUUUGCUUGUGAUAGAUUAGUUUUAAUCUUGAGAAUGUAAUUUGCACCCGCUACGAGUAGGAUGAGAUAAGAAUUUUGUAUGACAGAACUGGACUAGAACAAGAGCUGCAUCUGGAGCUAGUUUGUCGUCUUCGCUGCCGAUAACUGUUCAUCACAAAUGUCAGUGCAAAAAGACUGCGAGUUUUUGGUCAAAAGAGCUCGGGAGCUUGUUCCCGAUGACCCCUGUGCGGCUAAAGCCUGGCUCAUAACUGCCAGAACGCUUUACCCUGCCGACUUUAACAUACAGUAUGAAAUGUACAUCAUUGAACGCAACGCAGAAAGGACAACUUGCGCAGGGAGAUUGCUGUAUGACAUGUUUUUAAAUUUCCCAGAUCAGCCCAUUGUGUGGCGUGAGAUAAGUGUCAUCACAGCAGCUCUGCGCAAUGACGCUCAGGACAAACAUUCUCAGUUCCUUCGAGGGCUUUUUGAAACACUGCCUGGUCGUAUACAGUGUGAGAUGUUGCUGAAAGCAACAGAGCAGUGCUUCAACACUUUGGAGAAGGCAGAGAUGCUGUUGCUCCUCCUGAAACGCUUUCCAGAGUCCGUGGUCCAACACGGGGUGAGUCUAGGUGAGACACUGUUGGAAGCAGAGACAUCUGAGAAAGUGGAAUCACCCAUCAACUGCUUCAGAAAACUUUUUGUGUGCGACGUCUUUCCUUUGGUUAUAAACAACAUGGACAUGCGCCUGCCAGCCAGCUUGAUGCAGAAAUAUAUCCUGAAAGCUGCUGAAUUCUACAUCGGUUAUGUCACCCGAGGACCUUCACCGGAUGGACAGAUAAACGCGUCUCAAGAAGGUGGUCCCCUAAAGUCUCCCAGUGUCUCCCGUGGCUCCCAGCGAUACGUUAUAGACGGCUUGUCGGAAAAGUCCUCAGUGGUCUCCGAACCUUGGGAGAGGCUGUUGGACCUGGUUGCUGUCGUCGGCACUCGAUGUGAGUGGCAGGGAGACAAAGGGCAAAGAAGCUAUAUUGACUUACUUCAGAGAGUGAAGGAGCUGUGUCGCUACUUACCGGGCCUGGAGGGAGACACCAGAGCCCGCUGCUGCAGUCAGGUCGUUAUCUGCGCCGCCCUCGUCCUCUUCCGCAAUGCCUUCCUUUACGUCUCAAAAGUGCAGCCAGCGCUGUUCCAAGGCGUGAAUACUCUGAACUUGAGCCCGUGGAUUCUAGUGGAGGACUUCAGCUCAGUGUACAAUGAUGUGGAAGCGGAGAGAGGAACAGUCAAACACACGCACAAGAAACGCAAAAUGGCCGAUGGCAGAGAGAAGAUCAUUAGCUCAGAUGAUGAGGAAGGCUUGGGGAAGGUGCGUGGGCGACACAUCUUGGUGAGCAAGACGGAAAUGCCCAACUGGUCAGAGACUCUGGAGGGCUUUUAUACAGCGAGGGAAAGCUGGGACCUUCUUCACUCCCAUGACACCCUUGAAACUGAGUUCAAAAAGAUUUGUGCCUCUUGGAAGACCGAGAGCUGGCUGUGGUUCCGAAUUUUCCUCACAGACAUGAUCAUAUACCAGGGACAGUACCGUAAGGCCCUGUCCAGCCUGCACCAAAUGGCUGCCGUGCAGCAGCCUCCGUCGGGCCAGCAGAGUCCUUCGGGUCAAAUCAGUCUGGAGCACCACAGGGCCCUCAUACAGCAGGCCUCCUGCCACUAUGCGCUGGGAGAAUACAGGAUGGCCUGUGAGAAGCUUCUUGAUGUUGUCAGCGGACUGCUACCCCCAAACCAUGAACCACCAAAGGCCUCCGAGGAUCAGAUGAGAGUCAAGACCAAAGUGAAGAAAAGUCAUGACCUGAGAUUGCUCCCAUGCACCAGCAAUGCUGUGUUGCCUUUCUGCCUCCAGCUGAUGUUGGCCUGUUUCAAGCCACGAGCCUUUACAGACACCCGAGAUGACCUGUCGUUAGGUCACGUGGUGGUCCUCCUGCAGUACGACUGGCCACAGGGCGAGGUGCUCUUUCUAAAAGCCGUGGAUAAGAUCUGUCUUCAAGGCGGUUUCCAGUAUGAGAAUUUCUUCAACUAUGUCACCAACAUCGACAUGCUGGAGGAGUUUGCUUACCUGCGAACUCCUGACGGCGGCAGGAUCCAGCUGGAGCUGCUACCCAAUCAGGGAAUGCUGAUUAAGAACCCUAGGCCCACCCUGGGGUUGGAGUUAAACACCCUUCUGCUACAAGGGGUGCAGACGAUGGACAGACACCACACGGUGACGAGAGGGAUCACCAAAGGAGUGAAGGAGGAUUUCCGUCUGGCCAUGGAGAGGCAAGUGUCGCGGUGUGGGGAGAACCUGCUCAGUGUGCUGCACCGUUUCUGUAUCAACGAGAAAAUCAUCAUCGUCCAGUCUCUCCCUUGACACUCACAACAUUCUCAAAAAGGAGGUUCAACAGUUUUUGUUUUUGUUUUUUAAUAGUAAAAUGUGGAAAAAGCACUUCAUAGUUACCACACUGGUAUUUCCUUUUGGGGCGGGGCUUAAUAAUAACCAUACAUAGUUCAGUGCUGGUGUGUUAGUUUCAACAUGCAUAACCACAACAUUUCAAGUGGUUUCAAUAGGAUGUGAUAUUUGGUCAGAGGUCUUAUAAAAUAAUUCCCAUUUUGGUUUUCUUUGUGAGGAAAACAUGAACUUGUUCUUCUCUUCUGAUGCAUUACCAAUCCCACCACUGGAUGGCAGCAACUAAAAAUUGCGUUCAAAGGAAAAUGGUAAAAUGUUGAAAACGUCUAUUGAAAAGCCUUGUCGACAAACCCUUGUAAAUACCUUGCUGACAUUCAGAGUGAGCCACUUACAUAGCGGCUUUUGGAGCUCCUGAGAUUUCGCAAGUGUACUUGGGGUGUACUUGGGUUCUUUUUAUUUUUCUUUUAUGUAUUUUAGAUUGGUCUCAAAUGGUAAAUAAAGCAGUCAACAAUC